UAAUGAGAAAACAUAGAACUAAGUGUUUUUAGCUAAGAAUAAACUAAAAGAAUUACACAGUGUAGCUUUAAGGUCCUUGCACACGAAGUCUGAAAUUUGCAUAUGCAUUUUUACGUAUUCGUCAUUCGGUGGCUCUGAAUUGCAAAACACCUCAAAAUGCUACGGAUGCGAAAAACGAAUAAAAUCGAAACGACUUUAUGACGGACGAGAGUUUCGGAGACAGUGUGUAAACGUGAUUGACACAACGUGAGGUUGUAUUUAUUUUUUAACGUGCAAACAUUUUGGACGCGAAUUCAGGAGUCAGUGUGCAAGAACCUUAAGGCUGAAAUAUUUGACCGUAAAUAGCGCAUUUGUAGUUAAAAAUUAUAGAAAUGUAUAUGAAUUUGUUUAGAAAAUGGUUUUCUUUUUGGUUUAUCUUCAUUUCUUUUCGACUGAAGAAAGAACAUGUUGCAUGAGUAAAUUAUCAGGAAAUGUUAAUUCCGAAGUGAACGAAUCAUUUAAAUACAGCGCAACGAUUACCUUCUAAUGCUUGCUUUCCGAUAACAAGUUAAUUUCGCCACAAAAGACGCAACAAAAAAAGCGAAACUUUGUACGUGAGCAGUUGAAGGCAUCGAUUUCUUAAAACUAAAUCUGAAAAGAUUCCCGAUCCUUACCGACCCUCGACGGCCGAAACUCAACAUCACACACACACACACACUCACACACCAGAAACCUUUAUUAAAACGCUUGUUUUCAGCAAUAAACUCAGCUGGUAGAUCCACCGUAGAGAUGCAAGCGGUUCGAUCCGUGUUCCCUAAACCUCGAAGGGCUUUCCUCGUCUAGCCCUCACGUUUCUUCUUCUUUUCCUUUAUUUCUUCUUCUUUUUCUUUGUUUUUAGGAUGUUUUAGCAUUAAAUGACAGUUGUAGCUGCAGUAUACGCCGUAGUCGUUUGAAAUUGUCAAGAUGUCAUAUUUUUCUACAUGACUGUGUUACUAAGCUUGUUUAGUAACUUGUUUUAUAUACAAGUGUUUCACAUAUAGCAGUAUAUAGAUUAUAUAUAUAUAUAUAUAUAAAUAUGAAUCUAUUAUUUUCUGUGUAUGAUUUGAGUCCAGGAGAGUGUGUUGAAGGAACGCCUCACUGUGCCGACGACACGCGUCCCGUAUGAUGAAUGUACGACUCCGGCGCUUUGUUACUUUCUACGAUCUCCUGGUGCUAACGAUGAUUCUAACGAUGAUUCUUACGACGAUUCUAAUGAAGAUUCUAACGAUGAUUCUAAUGAUGAUUAAAAAUAAGAUUCUUACAAAGAUUCUAACGAAGAUCCUAACGAUGAUUGAAAUGAUGAUUCUUACGAAGAUUCUAACAAUGAUUCUAACAAUGAUUAUAAUGAUGAUUAAAAUUAAGAUUCUUACGAAGAUUCUAACGAUGAUUCUUAUGAUGAUUCUAAUGAUGAUUCUAACGAUGAUUCUAACGAAGAUUCUAACGAUGAUUCUAAUGAUGAUUAAAAUUAAGAUUCUUACGAAGAUUCUAACGAUGAUUCUAAUGAUGAUUAAAAUUAAGAUUCUUACGAAGAUUCUAACGGUGAUUCUAACGAAGAUUCUAACGAUGAUUCUAAUGAUGAUUAAAAUUAAGAUUCUUACGAAGAUUCUAACGAUGAUUCUUACGAUGAUUCUAACGAUGAUUCUUACAAUGAUUCUAACGAUGAUUCUAAUGAUUGAAAUGAAGAUUCUUACGAAGAUUCUUACGAUGAUUCUAACGAAGAUUCUAACGAUGAUUCUUACGAUGAUUCUUACAAUGAUUCUAACGAUGAUUCUAACGAUUGAAAUGAAGAUUCUUAUGAUGAUUCUAACGAUGAUUCUAACGAUUGAAAUGAAGAUUCUUAUGAUGAUUCUAACGAAGAUUCUAACGAUGAUUCUAAUGAUUGAAAUGAAGAUUCUUACGAAGAUUCUAACGAAGAUUCUAACGAUGAUUCUAACGAUUGAAAUGAAGAUUCUUAUGAUGAUUCUAACGAAGAUUCUAACGAUGAUUCUAAUGAUUGAAAUGAAGAUUCUAACGAAGAUUCUAACGAUGAUUCUAACGAUUGAAAUGAAGAUUCUUAUGAUGAUUCUAACGAAGAUUCUAACGAUGAUUCUAAUGAUUGAAAUGAAGAUUCUUACGAAGAUUCUAACGAAGAUUCUAACGAUGAUUCUAACGAUUGAAAUGAAGAUUCUUAUGAUGAUUCUAACGAUGAUUCUUUCUUUCAUGCUGAACUUCACUGAUUGUUUCGCUUCAGAAAGGUGGCAGCGCUUUAUGAUAACUUUCAUCAAUGUGUCAUGACAAACAGAUAAUUAUAAUCUAAUUACAUUAGUGGUUGUCGGUAUCGUUAUGAACACUAUUUUGUAUAUUUAAGACAUGUCAGUGCAAGUUGCGUUUUUAAAACAGCUCAAACUUGCAUUUUAGUCUGAGACUAGAUUAAGCCUCGUCCACACUUACACACACACACACACACACACAAACUAGUGUGGCUGUAACAAUAUGGCCAAAAUUGAGCCAGAAGACUCAGAUAAGAGGCUGAACUCAAGAUCAUCAAUCUGUGAUAAAGCAUUCCUUUAUUUUUGUUACGUUUUUGUUGAAUUUUCAUGUUAUGUGUAACAAAAUGUUUUUGUGUUCAGGUUUGACUAGUAAAAUUACUUCAAAUCAACAUCUCCAAAAAAAAAAAAAAAUCGUCUUUGAGAAUGUCUAAAUUUUACCCAAAGCGAUUGCAUUAAAUUCAAGCUAUACAUGAUAAUUAGCUAAUGCUUUUGUAUACGAGUUAUUAGAGUGUGCCGAGUGGACGAUAACAUGACACACCAGAUGCAUGACAUCCAAUGCAGACAAUGUUAUUGAUGAAAGUUAUUUUUAUAAAGUGUUCCCGACAGUCGUCACACACACACGCCUGCACACGUCACACUGUGCACCCGAGCAUUAUAAGCUAAGCGCUCAAUGACGCUUCGAACGGCAGGGUUCAGAGGUCAAACCGCUCUACUUUACCUCAGACCACAGACCUCCGUCCACGGCCCCGUUUGGUUCUCCGCCCGCCGAUGAAGCCGGAUUCUGGGGAAGCUUGUGUCCACCACAGAAUAAAACUUUUUAAAAGAUAAUUGCGACUUUAUCUUCCUUUUUCGCAAUUCUGGACUUCAAAUCUCGCAAUCGUGAGAUGAAAUUUCACAUUUCCGAAACGAGCUUCCACAGAAUCGACCUAAAUCGGGUUCCCUUGAUAUUAUGAGAUGGUCAAGCAUGAAUCAGGUUUAUUUCUAGGACACUAGAAUCGCUGCAUAUUAAUGCAAUACCUAUCAGUGAUCGUUUGCUCAUUCUGAACCUGUAUGCACUCGGUUUU